AGAAAGUGUCUAGAAACGCUUCGAAGCGUGACUUGGACCGUACCCCGUAUUUGACUAUCCGAUAAAUUUGGAUAACUCAUUGUAGCAUGUCAAGUUGCACGUUGUACAGUAUAAAAUAGAAAACCUUAUCAGUAAUACUUAUUAAUAACGAAAUAGAAAUCUGGAAUAAUAAAUUGAUUAAUAAACGCAUUUGAUAAAGCAUUGCUUAUCGAUCAACUUGCCGGCCGGUGUAUUUAUUGUAUGCAAUAGAAGUAAAGAACGAUUCGCAAUAGUGGACACUAAUAAGAUAAAAAGCACGUGUGCUGCAACUGUAAUACAUUUAUUGGACAAGUUAACCUAAUCUAACCUAAUCAUAGUUCACUCAUGAUACAUACAACGUGAUAUUGAUUAGCAUUACUAAAUUGUGAGUUGCUUAUCGAAUAUAAAGAAGUCUCGAGGUGAGGAGCAUAGAUUUGAAAAAAGGCAAGAGCUUCUUCCAUUGUGAUGAAUUGUGAUAAGUAUUACAAAGUAGAGAACGAUGGGACGUACAAUGUACAUUUUUUGAACAGCGAGGGAUACAAUAUAGAAGAAAUAAAAGGCAUAUUUUCAGCUUUUGGAAAAGUUUUAGCGGUAAAUGUUGCCGGAGAUACCUAUGGAUAUAGAUUUAUCAAGUAUAGGACGUUGGAUGAAAUAAUCCGUUGUGUCCAAGGCUUACAAAAUAACAGUUCGAUACGAUUAUUGCCAGAAAAGUUGAGACAUAAUGUAAGCAGAAAGGUGGAAGAGAACGAUUCAAAUCAGUGGCAGCUACCAAAGAGAGAAAACUCAUUCUCUCUCUUUAAUAUUGAUAAGCAAUUUACAUCAAACUUUCAUGACACAAACCUGAAAGCGACACCCACUUUCAAUCUACAAACUUAUGAGCAAGAUAACAUAUCUGAUAAAGCUCAAGCUUACUUGAAUAUCAAUUCUGAAAAUGCGAUACAUUACAAUAAAUAUAGGGCAGACACAAUUAAUUCAGGGAAAUCAAAUUCGUCGGAUUCUAACAGACAUUCUCCAUUUUUAGGACAAGAAGGUUGCAGCGACAAGAACUUUUCAAACACAAUGAAUUUUGAAAGAUAUUACAGAGAAACGAAGGAUUCGUGUUACAGCGUACAUUUUAUAAACAAAAAAGGCCUUACCUUGGACGAGAUAAAGGAAUUAUUUUCAUCGUAUGGAAACGUCUUAAAUGUAUAUGAUAAUGAUAAUAGAUUCGUGUUUGUCAAAUAUAAAACAGUAGCUGAGACGGUGAACUGUUUGAAAGGAUUACAGAACAACAGUACAAUAAGCAUAUUACCACAAAAGGAUAAAAUGAACAGUACGACUAAGAGAACGGAUCAAAACGGAAGUCAAGAAACGUCCACUACUAGGACGCGACUCUCGAGCUUCAGUUAUAAUAAAACACCCGCGGAAGCUGGAAACAGAUUGUCAUCGUUUGUUAUGAGAACAUCGAAUUUAAGUAACAGAAAAGAUGACAAAUCACCUUUGGCAUCCACCGAGAAACUCUCAAUUUCCUCGAGACAAGAACAUUUCGGCAGUGAUAAAGCGUCCAAUGAGAAACCCGCACUUUCCUCGAGACAAGAAAACUUCGGCAGCGAUAAAGCAUCUGAUCACAAUUGGACGCAAGGACAAUCGGAUGGUUCCUCUCAUUUUCUGGCAAAAGCUGAUGGGGACAACUACGUGGAUAAUAAUAUAAGUAACAUACCGGCCUUAAUUUCUGACGCGGAAAUAAAGAAGAGAGAUUUCGAUGCUACAUCGGAGUCGUCGUUACUAGCGGAACUGAAUAAUGCCUCGGCCAAAACGUUUGUAAUGCCGAUGCAGGAAGUAAUUGUUGCUAACAUUCAUACGAACUAUGGCAUGUAUUACAUUUUACAUUUGUUUGAAAAAUAUAAUCCAAUUGCGGCGACGACGGUACAGACUAUCCCUGAAACUGACAUACGGUAUUGUCACGUUUAUUUUGAGACCGUACAGGAUGCUACGGCGGUUGAAAAAGAAUUCGAUAACUUUGUUUUAUCUGGAAGAAGCCUUAUUGUUUUACGAAAAUUACAGUUGAUUAAAGAAGUUAAGAUUAAAUAGCACUUCUUAUAUAUAUUUUUUUAUUUUCAUUACACUAAUACUUAUUAAAAUGAGACCUUUUCUUGCUAAUGAGUUUACUCCCUUUUUUUAUGAAAGAAGUUUAUUUUUAUACAUUUAUAAUUUUUCGCUUUACUUAAAUAAUUAUUUUUUUAAUAUGCAAUACAACGGUUCCAAGCGCAGCUAGGUAUUGGUGCCAAUCAUUUAUUCAUCCAAAGUAAUUUGCAGACGUUUCGGUCCACGUUGGACCCUCUUCAGUGCAGAAACGUCUGUAUUUUACUUUGGAUGAAUAAAUGAUUGGCACCAAUACCUAGCUGCGCUUGGAACCGUUGUAUUGCAUAUUAUUGAAUUACCGAGCACUUGAAUUGGAACGAGAAUUAUUUUUUUGUAAUGCAUUUUCUGUAAAAGAUUUACAUUUUUAAUUUAUAAUAAAAUAUUCGAAUAUCACAUCGCACAUAGAGUUUUAUACAAAGUCUAUAAAAACAGUUUCAAGAAUGAACUGAGGCAUGAACAACUGUAAUAAUCGUAAUGAAGAUAUCUUAAUGAGAUGUAAUCUCUAAUAUUAAAAUAUGAUGUAAAAUAUGUUUACUAUGAUGAUGAGAAAAAGAUUGUAAUGACUAUGUUUCUGAAUGUAUGAGCAUUAGGGUGGAUCUUAUUUUCUAACUUCGAAAUUUGUUUCGCGACGUCCCCUAAAGUUGUUUCGUUUGAUGAAAAAAAUUGCGCUCGAUCGGACAAUGGAAAGGCGUUUGAGACUGGCACAUCUUGCUAAGUUUUAAUAAUUCGACAUGACAUAUAGAGGCAACGAAUUUCUAAAGUGUUAAUUGAAAUUGAAGUUCAUAUUUUUAAAAAUAUGCAUCUUUUUCUUUAAAACUAUUAUUUUUAUUUUGUUAAAUACAUGUAUUUUUAAUACUAAAAUAUAAGCUGAGCAUUGUCAUACAAAUAAGUUUCCUCCUUGCCCUCCCAAGCAAGGCAAUCCACAAAAGAAGAGAACAAAUAUCGAAGAUUCUAGUCACAUUAGUAUAUUCUUCGUGUUCAAGCAGAGCAACAAUUAUCGAGAAUUACUCGAACUCGUAGUUGUAGACUGUAUCUUUUUAGAGAAUUUCUUUUCAAACUCCAGGAGUUUCUCACCAUGCCUGAUGGAUGGCUAAGUCCAUUUAUUGUUUAAAAAUGAUUUUAUCUCGAAACGACUUUAAUAUAUAGU